AUGCACACUCUGACAGCCUGUGAUAAACUAGAUGCGUUCAACGGCUGGUUUUCAGUUGUCGUAGAGGCAAUAUAUGCUGCAGCCACAGGGUUCUUCCGAGGCCCUUCAGGCGCAGAUACCUAUCAUCAUCAUUUGAUCCAAGCUAUCAUCAAGAAGUCUUAUGACCAACUGUACCUGCACUACUGUCAAAAGACUGGUCUCCAGCCACAUUUUGUCUCGAAUAUCCGCGGGCUGAAAGGGUUCUGGAUUGGCAGUCCCUCCGCGAAAUACAUCGUCUUCAACUUUCACGGCGGUGGUUUUGCCAUGGAUGCGACAGCUCCCUACCUUGAUUUUUGGCCGCGGAUACAGAAGACUCUCGCAAAUGCUGGCAUAGAAACUGCUUGGUUCCAUUGCACAUACACACUGACACCGCACGCGGCAUAUCCGACUCAAUUUCGCGAAGCCGUUGAAGCUCUACGGUACAUUCUAGAGGAUGUUGGCCACUCACCGUCGCAAAUUCUACUAGCUGGUGACUCUGCCGGCGCAAAUCUGUGCCUGGCAGUACUGUCCCACUUAACGCAUCCCUCCGAAGACGUGCCAGAGCUAGUCAUCAACGAACCCAUUAAAGGUGUUAUUCUUAUGUCUCCGUGGGUCUCAUUUCGCCACAAUUGGCCGAGCGUAGAAGCCAGUGAACAUAGGGAUAUCGAUGCAAAGGACGUCACGAUGCAGUGGUCGCAAGCGUAUCUCAAUGGAAGGGAGUCAAACAACUAUAUCGAAGCAGCAGAAGCACCAGAGUGGUGGUGGGACAACACCCGAGUCCAGCAGACUCUGGUGCUGGCCGGUGGUGACGAGGCUCUAUUAGACCCGAUUAAAACUUGGGUCAAUAGCUUCAAAAAAGCAAAUCACGAUACGACUCUGGUAAUCGGGGAAAGAGAGUGCCAUGUUGCACCUCUGGUCUGGCCGAUGUUUGGUGACUAUCAUGAGACCCAGCAGGAGCGAGCCUUGAAGCAUUGGCUACUGGAACGGUUAGAUUAA